UGAUAAGCCCGCAUCAGCUUUGUAACUAUCCGCCAUUCUGUCCGACAAACAAGUUAUAUCCGUCAAUAGUCGUCAAUGUUUUGUUUUUUUCCGCUGUAAAAAUGGUUAAAAGAUGCAGUUAUGGAACCUGCAACACUGACAGCAGAUACACUGAAAGACUUGAGAACGAUAUAAAGUUCUAUCCAUUUCCAAAACCGGGGAGGAACCUGGAAAAGUGUAUUAGAUGGCUCCGAUUAUGUGGGCGUCCCAAUGAUCAGCUGAAUUUGGAAAAAUUGAAAAAUCACGGGACAGCUAAGCAUGUUUACGUGUGUUCAAAGCACUUUGUUGAUGGCCAACCUACAACGGGAAACCCUGAUCCUCUACCAGCAUUGCCAUAUGAUCAUGCUACACCUGCAAGGCGGCCGCCAAAGUUGCGAGCUGUCACAGAGCCUUCCAGAAAAAGAUUGCGGCUUGACGGCAUGUCCGACAACCAUGAACACAAAAGGCAAGAACAGAAGUUUACAGCGUAUCGACUUCUAGAAGAUGAAAAUGACAAAGACAUUCCUAACCGGUUGCCAGCACCAGCAACAGAAAACAUGCCAUCCAGUGAUAAAGCAGAUGAAAACAGAUUGCUGGACAUGCUGGCAUUAGCUGCAGAGAAUGAGAGCCUGAAACAACACUUGGCCAAAUUGAUUCUAGAAACUGAAAAGUUGCAGCAGAGAAAGAUCAAUGACUAGAAUUUAUGACAUAAUUUAUCACGUGGUAUACACACACUGUUGUCUAUACAUGGAAACAUACAAACAAUUGUUGCCACAUAUUAUGGUCGCAUCAAGUGGCUACAUUUCCUAUGCAAUGUGCACUUUGUGCAAAGAUAGAAGCCCAUCUUUUCUCUGCCUUUCUUGGUCAAUAUCUUUAUACUAGUCUUUAUUAGUUUUAUAUAAAGAUGCACUUUUACUCCAAAAUAAGACUUCCCACAAGUAUUACAAUUGUUUUGAUGUACCAAAAAGGAUGAAUAAAUGUCGAAAACAAUGGUUCUUAUGAAGGAUACCGA